AUAUAUAUUGAAACUGUAGCAGUGCAUAUAGAAUGUUUUGCGGCUGUUUUUGAAUGAACUAAGCCCGGAAAUUUUGUCUCGCUGGGUUAAUUCUUUUAUUGCGAAAUAAAGAAAUUUUGAACUAUAUACACUUGGUAUACGUAUCAGUUCACUUUGAAUAUGGAUUUGGCUCUACCUUACAAAAGUGAAUACGCCAAGAGCGGUAGAGCCUCUUGUAAAAUGUGUAAGUGUUCUAUCGCUCAAGGAAGUCUUCGAUUGGCGGCAAUGGUUCAGUCUGCGUUUCAUGAUGGAAAACAGCCGAUGUGGUUUCAUGAAGAUUGUUUUUUUAAAAAGCAACGACCGCAAUCUGUGGGAGAUAUUGAGAACUUUGAAAACAUCAGAUUUGAGGACCAAGAAAGGAUAAAGUUAAAAAUUGAAAAAUCUUCCGAAGUAUCAGCUGGUAGUAGUGCUAAAAAAGGAAAAAAACGCGGUACUGCAGAAGUGAAUGCUCUUAAAGAUUUUGGAAUCGAGUACGCUAAGACAAGUAGGGCAACGUGCCGUGGAUGUGAACAAAAAAUUUUAAAGGAUCAAGUACGGAUUAAAAAAACAGUAUAUGAUACAGAAGUUGGAAUGAAAUAUGGAGGUCAGCCUUUGUGGCAUCAUGUAGAAUGCUUUGUUCAGUUACGUAGUGAACUUGGUUGGUUUGGAAGCGGUGACUGUGUACCGGGAUUCAAAGGUUUGAAAAGGGAUGAUCAAACUACUAUCCUUAAACUGCUACCGGCUAUUGAUGCCGGGAGUGCCUGCAAUAUUAAAAAGGUUAAAAUUGAGCCAGAUGUCAAAAUAGAAGAAGAAAUCAUGAAUAAGCAAAUAGAAAAUCAGUCAAAACGGUUAUUUAAACUUCGUGAUCUGGUAGUAAACCAAAUGCAUAAAAAAGAUAUUAUUUACUUGCUGGAAUACAAUAAUCAAAAACCUGCAAACGGAGAUUCGGAAAGAAUGUUAAAUCAGUUAGCAGAUAUGUUGACUUUUGGAUCAUUGUUGCCAUGUCCUCAAUGUAAGAGUUGUGAGAUAUUAUUUAGCAAAUCAGGUUAUUUAUGCAAUGGCCAAUUAACGGAAUGGACGAAAUGUUCGAAUAUUUUAAAAAACCCAGAACGGAAACCUUGUAAAGUACCAAAGAGCUUAAAGGAAAAGUAUGCUUUUUUAUCUGAAAUUAAGAACAAAACUGAGCAUCGCAUUGUUAAAUAUAAUCCACCAAGUAUUGCUGUUGUUUCAAAAAAUAAGAAUGGAAAAACGGAAAAUGAACCUACCAAACCUAAAGUGAAACGGGAAACACCACCUCUAUACAAUUUAAAGUUUGCUUAUGUGGGUCCAAAGGAAGCUGAAAACAAAUUGAAAACACAAUUGAAUAAGCUGGGCGGCGAAAUUAUAUCAAAACUAUCUGAAAAUAUUGUUGCCGUGUUUUCAUCAAAACAUGAAGUGGAACAUAUGGGAAGCCGCAUGAAAAAGGCGAAAGAACUUGGUAUUCAUAUUAUACCAAUAGAUUACCUAGAUUUGGUCGAAAGUAAUCCUACAAACGCAAUUAAUUAUAUCAGUAGUACUACUCUUUGCGAUUGGGGUACUGAUCCAAACUCCCGUAUAGUGCAAGAAGAAGCCAAUACGAAGAAGUCAAAAAGUAUUUAUACUAAAUCUGUUGCGAAAUCAAUGACGUUAAAGAUCAAAGACGGAUCGGCCGUAGAUCCUGAAAGUGGCUUACAAGACGUCGCUCAUGUUUAUUUGGAUAAAAAUUGCAAGUAUAGUGUUGUCCUUGGAUUAACAGAUAUUCAACGCAAUAAAAAUUCUUAUUAUAAACUGCAACUUUUGGAAAGCGAUUCGAAGAACAAAUACUGGGUUUUUCGAUCCUGGGGCCGAAUCGGCACUACUAUUGGCGACCAAAAAUUGGAAAAUUUCGAAAACCUGUACGAAGCCAAACAAUCAUUUCUUCUUGUUUAUCAUGAUAAAACUGGAAAUGAUUUUACUAACCGCGAACAUUUUAUUAAGGUUCCUGGCCGCAUGUACCCAAUCGAAAUCGAUUAUGAGGAGCAAAAAACUAUAUAUCCGGAAAAUUUUAAAAUAAAAUCAAAGUUAAAUACAUCAGUUCAAAGUUUAAUUAAAAUUUUAUUUGACGUUGACACUAUGAAAAGAACAAUGAUGAUGUUCGAUCUAGAUAUGGAAAAAAUGCCGUUAGGCAAAUUAAGUGAGAAGCAAAUUCAGUCUGCUUAUAAAGUGCUUUCUGAGAUUUAUGAUCUUAUACAGCAGAAUGGGAUGACGGUUCAGUUUAUUGACGCCACUAAUAGGUUUUACACCUUAAUUCCUCAUAACUUUGGUGUUCAAAAUCCUCCAAUUCUAGAUAAUAUUGAGCUAGUUGAGAAGCACCGACAAGUCCUAGAUUCUCUUUUGGAAAUAGAAUGUGCUUACGGUAUGUUACAAGCAGAAAAUAAAGAAGAAAAUGUGAAUCCUUUAGAUAAACAUUAUGAUCAACUGAAAACAAAGCUUGAUCCCAUUGAUAAAAAUUCUGAAGAAUACAAAAUACUUGAAAAAUACGUACGAAAUACGCAUGCCGAAACUCAUAAAAUGUAUAAACUGGAAAUCGUUGAGAUUUUUAAGGUGGUUCGACAGGGUGAAAAUAGACGUUAUAAACCCUUCAAAAAACUUGAAAAUCGGAAACUACUAUGGCAUGGUUCUCGUCUUACUAACUUUGCUGGAAUUUUGUCACAUGGCUUAAAAAUCGCACCGCCUGAGGCUCCUGUUACAGGUUAUAUGUUCGGCAAAGGAAUAUACUUCGCAGAUAUGGUUUCAAAAUCUGCAAAUUAUUGUUGUACCACUGCUCAAGACUCUACCGGACUAAUGAUUCUCUCCGAGGUAGCACUUGGAAACAUGUUGGAAUGUACUUCAUCAAAAUACAUAACUAAGCUACCAUCUAACAAACACAGUACUUUAGGUCGUGGACAGACUAUGCCUGACCCAAAGGAUUCUUAUAAGAGGGAGGAUGGCGUAGAGAUCCCGCUUGGCAAACCGAUUACAGAUACCAGCCUCAAGACAUCUCUACUUUACAACGAAUAUAUUGUAUACGAUGUUGCUCAAGUGAACAUUCAAUAUCUUUUCCGUAUGAAUUUCAAAUACAAUAUCUGAACAGAACGAUAGAAAAUCUGCUCGUAAUUUUUCUUAAAUCUGUCAUAAACCAAUAUUUAAUAAAUACUAAUAAAUCAGAAAAUUUCGUUGA